CAAGAAAGAAGAAAUAGAUGUCCUCCUCCACCACUGCCUCCAAAUGCCAAAAUGCAAACUCUUCCCAAUACUUUCCGGCAUGGAGAAAUAAUUCACAUAGAGUGUGAGCUUAACUUUGAGCUUGAAGGAUCAGAAGAAAUACACUGUGAACAUGGAAAAUGGACACCACCACCAAACUGCAUUGAAAUAAAGGAAAAAAUAGCAUGUGAGGAGCCACCUAUGAUUAUGAAUGGCUCAGCAAACUUCAAUUCUAAGACCUAUUACAAUGGGGCUAAAGUGACAUAUACUUGUGAAAAUGGCUAUCACAUUAAAGGAUCUGAUGAGAUAAUCUGUAAAAAUGGAAAAUGGACCUCACCUCCAAAAUGCAUGGAAAACAAUGAAAACUGUAAACCACCACCUGAGAUUGAACAUGGGACUAUUGUUGAUGAAUUAUUGUCAAGCUAUGAAACAGGGUCCUCAGUGGAAUAUAGAUGCAAUAUAUAUUACUUAUUGAGUGGAUCUCAAAGAGCACUAUGUGUGCAAGGAAAGUGGUCAACUCCACCUAUUUGUUUAG